AUGGCGACUACCACCCGUACCAGCUCCUCGGACAUCCAGGAGUCUGAUCGCGCUGUGACCACAGUUGUUGAUGAGAAGCUCGCUGACCCUGGUCGUCCCGAGAAGAGUCUCGUCUCGGCCUCGUAUAACCUUCAAAUCGGUGACGAGGAUCCUACCGACGAUGAGCUGCACGGCCCGAAUGCGCUGCGCCGAGUCUCAGCCCCGAUCCCAUGGGCUGUCUACACCGUCGCCUUUGUCGAGCUGUGCGAGCGUUUCUCUUACUACGGAACUCAGGUCUUGUACUCCAACUUUGUGAACCAUUCGCUGCCCCAGGUCAAUGGCCCCCCUGGCUCCAUCCACAACACUGGUGCCGGUGGUGGUAGCUCCCAAGGUGUCUCGGGUGCCCUGGGCAAGGGUGUGGAGGCCGCCAACGGAAUCAACACCUUCAACACCUUCUGGGUCUACCUGAUUCCUCUGUUCAGUGCCUACCUUGCCGAUGAGCACUGGGGAAGAUACAAGACCAUCUGUUGGUCUAUUGCCAUUACCAUCGUGGGUCACAUCAUUCUGGUCAUCUCCGCCAUUCCUCCCGUCAUCACCAACACCACCGCCUGCUUUGCUGUCUUCAUGCUUGGUGUCAUCAUUAUGGGUCUUGGUACCGGUGGCUUCAAGCCCAACAUUUCCGCCCUGGUCGUCGAGCAGAUUCCCGCAGUGAAUCUCAAGGUUCGCACUCUACCCUCUGGUGAACGUGUCAUCAUCGACCCGACCAUCACUCAGAGUCGUAUCUACCACUACUUCUACCUGUUCAUCAACCUCGGUGCUCUGAUCGGUCAGAUUGGCAUGGCCUACGCCGAGAAGUACGUCGGUUUCUGGCUGGCCUACCUCCUGCCCACCAUCAUGUUCCUGACUACUCCCUUCGUCAUGUGGUGGGGCCGCAAGCGUUAUCGCCAGUCUCCUCCUCAGGGUUCUGUGGUCUCCAAGGCUGUGCGUGUCUUCAUGUUUGCUCUGCGUGACCGCUGGCACUGGAACCCCGUCAAGUUCUGGAAGCGCACUCACGACGGUACCCUCUGGGAAGCCGCCAAGCCCUCCAACAUCGCACCCGGCUCUCGCCCCGCCUGGAUGACCUUUGACGAUGCCUGGGUUGACGAGGUCCGCCGUGGUUUCGCCGCCUGCGCUGUCUUCUGCUACUACCCUCUGUACUGGCUGGCCUACGGUCAACUGACCAACAACUUGACUGCUCAGGCCAGUACCAUGACUCUCAACGGCGUCCCCAACGACGUCGUCAACAACCUGGACCCCAUCGCCCUGAUCAUCUUCAUCCCCAUCUGUGAUGCCUUGCUGUACCCCGGUUUGCGCAAGAUGGGCAUCCGCUUCACCGCUAUCAGGAAGGUCACCGUUGGUUUCCUGCUUGCCGCCCUAGCCAUGGUCUGGUCCGCCGUGAUCCAGUACUACAUCUACCGUGACUCGCCCUGUGGCUACAACGCCAACAGCUGUGCCACCGACGACGGCAGCAUCAUCCCGGCCCCGAUCAACGUUUGGGCCCAGACCGGUGCCUACGUGCUCAUCGCUCUGUCCGAGAUUUUCGCCUCCAUCACCUCCCUCGAGUACGCCUACUCCAAGGCCCCUCGCAACAUGCGUUCCCUGAUCCAGGCCAUCUCCCUUUUCACCAACGCCAUCUCCGCCGCCAUUGCCGAGGCCCUGAACCCGCUCUCCAGCGAUCCUCUGCUUAUUUGGAACUACGGUGUCUUCGCGGUGCUCUCUGGUGUCGGUGGUCUGCUGUUCAUCAUUCAGUUCUGGAGCCUGGACAAGGAGGAAGAUGAGCUGAACAACUUGCCCGAGGGUCGGGUUGAGGCUGAUGAGAAGAGCACCCUUGGUCUCAUCGAGGCUGCUGAGGUCGGUCCCGUCCGGGGUUAA